AUGGAGAAGUGUGCAGUAUGUAACGAUCAGGAGAAGCGGAACCCAGACGGUACGCGCCUAACGUUCGAUGUUACACCUGCCGUACUGAGCCACUCCGCAUUCGUCAACCGCUGCGAGUCAUGCCUGGUCAUUCUUGAGGGUUUUCGACAAGGUGGACAGACGUUGUACCAGAAAGACUUUCAGCGGCUCGCCCGAACUAUUACGGCUCGAUGUCAUGAUCAGCACAACGGUCGCCGUGACACCCUUGUUCUGGAGACGUAUUUCUACGAUGAGCGACCAAAGUUAGAGCUUGAGUUCUACAGCCUCCAGAAACAUCAACACAGGAAGAAGGGGAUCCCCUGGAGUACCAUACCGAAAACUUUUCAAGAUGCCAUUACGCUUACUUCUUUGCUGGGUAUCGACUUCAUAUGGAUCGAUUCACUAUGCAUCAUUCAGAAUGACACUGAGGACUGGGCUAUCGAGUCUGCAAAGAUGGCCGACAUAUACGAGUACGCCUCUCUCACCUUAUCAGCCACCGUCUCAGCUGGAGACUCGUUCGGGUGCUUCGCCGCAUCGUUCAGCACAUCACGCAGCCUUCCAAUCAGCCUCCCCGAAGACGUUGGAACUUGCGAAAUCGCUGUCCGAAAGCCCAUUUCACAUUGGGACACCUUUGGCCAAAGCGAGCUGCAUGCGCGCUUUCCUUUGAUGAGCCGGGGCUGGGCUUUCCAAGAGCGAUUGCUUUCCAGACGGGUGCUUCACUUCUCCGAGUCAGAGCUAGUGUGGGAGUGUCGAGAGCUCAGCACUUGUGAGUGUGGUGGUUUCGGCGAGCAAACAAGCCCGACUGGUGCCUUUCACCAUGCUAUCAGGGUCAGCGAAGAUGAACGGCGAGAUUCUACCGGACGUCAGAAACAGAUCAAUGAAGACCUCAGCAUCCGCCGCUUCCAGGAAGACGAGAUUGACAGAUUGUGGAAGUCUACAACGUCCGGUCUGCGUCGAGGCUCUGCCAGAUCUAUGCAAGACUGGAUGCUCAGACUAGGCAAGAUCAAAUCGUCCUUACCUCCAUACUUGGAAUCAGACCCCUGGACUGACACGUCAAGAAUGCGAGAGUGCGCCAACUAUGUUUUCGAUUUCCAUCGCGUUGUCGAGAAGUACUCUACACUAAACUUGACGAAGCGAUCAGAUCGCCUGCCGGCACUUUCUGGCCUUUGCAAGCGCAUACAGCAUGUCCGUGGCGAAUACGCCGCAGGUCUUUGGAUGGAGUCGAUAGCUUUCGACCUGCUAUGGCGCGUCGAACGGCUGAACGUGAACUCAACAAAGAUACUGAAAUCAGAUGAGGACUACUGUGGGCCAUCGUGGUCGUGGGUGUCAGUUCUGGACCCGAUUAUGUAUUGGACAGACAUUGUGAACUUCCACGACCCUUCUCGAAUCUUCAGACCUCCGCCCGCUACGCAAGCAGAUAAGCAGCAACACAAACCAUUUUCGAGACCCACAUGCCUCGGACGCAACCUUCAGGACGACUGUGUGCUCCUCAAAAUUGCCGAAAAGGGAAUGAAUCCGUUCGGCAGAGUGGCUUAUGCUAUCCUCAAAGGCGAGGCGUCAAUCACAACUGCAACUUUGCGUUAUACUUACAGCUCAUUCUGGCUCGACGGAACCAACCAGCUUGACUUGAGUCGCUACAAGCUCACUCUGGGUGCAGACGGAAUCAUUGAGCUACCCUUCUGGGCAGACUACGCCUUGGCGGUCGAGGGACCUGGACACAUACCCAAUGGGCAUGAUCUGACCUUGUUGUUGAUACAUCCUCGAGUUUGUCUUGUGUUGGUCGAUACAGGCCUCGGCUUCUCCAAGGCACCGCAAUUUCGGAGAGUGGGGAUCACGAGAAUCUCGGAUGACAUGGUCAAUGAGUACAGGAUUGACUGGAUGGAGUUUUCCGAGGUGACGUCGUUCACUAUUGUCUGA